AUGGCUGCACUACCAAAAAUGCGGCAGCUGGGCUGCUUGCGUUCAAUAAUCAGAACUCAGGAUGCAAUCCCUUCACACAUGAGCCGCCGGUUCAUCUCAACCGCAUACACGCAAAAACCCGAGCGUAUCCCUCUUCCCCCGAAUCUUCCCAAGCAAUUCUUGUCACAAUUACCUAGUCGCAUGCAGCCUGAAGCCGCACCCAAACCGAUCAAGAUCUACCCUGCUCCAGCCUCCACCCGUAAAGUAUGCAAAAACCCAGUCGCCAAGGUUACCGAGAUGCAAUUGGCAAGUCUUGAUCCCAAGGGUGAGCGAAAGGCGCUAUUUGAUUACCGCCGGAACCCGCGUAGUGUCAAGCCGGGUGAUAUUGUUCGGUUCACGUUCAAGAAUGGAGAUCCCUUCAACGGUGUUGUUCUGAGUAUUAAGCUGCGCGGCAUUGACACGUCAGUCUUGCUACGAAAUGAGCUUACUCGUGUGGCUGUGGAGAUGUCUAUUAAGGUGUUCAACCCGAACGUCCAGGCUGUGGAGAUUGUCCAGCGAGCAGAGCGCAAGCCUCGCCGCGCGAGACUUUACUAUAUGCGGGACCGCAAGCACGAUCGCCGCAGCGUGGAGAACGUGGUGGCUGCUUAUGUUCGCCAAAAGAGAGCAUUCCUCGGCGGCAACAGACAGCGACGUUAG